CAAUCGAACGCAUGACCACUCAUCAUGAACAAUUAUAGAGUUUGCCAUUAAGCCACCACCUUAUUUGUUCACUCAUUGUGAACUAUUAAAAUGUUCACCAUUAACGCUGCUCUGAGGACAAGAUUGCACUUAUGGUAGGAUGAUAGAUUCAUGAAGCUAAACUCAUCCUAGUCAUCCCUUACUAUUGCAAAAGAAAAAAAAAAGUCAUAAAAAAACAAAUAAAUCGUCAAACUUAAGCUUAAAGAAUUCCAAUAGACGAUUCUAUGGGCCCAGUCUUUGACCCUACAUUACCCCACAUUAAAAAAAAUAAAACCCAACUUUCAGAAUUUUCUAGAAAAAAUAACCAAACUCCACUAGGGUUUUAGUCUCUAUAUAAACUGAAAUCAACCCCGAUCAAUUCUCUCUCAUCGCACUCAGAAAAAUCUCGUAAUUCUAGGGUUAGGGUUUUCUUCCUCUCUUCAACAAUGGCGCAAGAAAAUCGAUCUCGAGGUGUUGUACGAUGGUUCAGCGAUAGCAAGGGUUAUGGCUUCAUUACACCUGAGGAUGAAGGUGAAGAGCUUUUCGUUCAUCAUUCUUCGAUCAAAUCUGAAGGUUAUCGUACUUUAACUGAAGGUGCAACAGUCGAAUUCACCUUCGCUGUUGGCUCUGAUGACAAGCCGAAAGCCGUCGAUGUUACUGGACCUGACGGUGCUUCUAUUGUUCCUCCUUCCUCCGGUGGUCGCCGAUCAAACGGCGGCGGAGGCGGCGGUGGUGGUGGAGGUGGUUUUAAUGGCGGUUGGCAGAGGAACAGCAAUUCUGAUGGUGGAAGGUGUUACAAUUGUGAUCGACCUGGUCAUCUUGCUCGUGAUUGUCAACAGAAUUCCGGUGGUGGAUACGGUGGUGGUUACGGUGGUGGCAGCGUUGGUGGCGGCGGUGGAGCUGGGAAUUGCUACAAUUGUGGACGACCCGGGCAUUUCGCCCGAGAAUGCCGAGGCGGAGGCGGCAGUGGAGGAGGAAGAGGAGGAGGUGGUGGUGGUGGUGGUGGUGAUGGGGCGUGUUUCAAUUGUGGCGCUUUCGGACACAUGGCUCGGGAUUGUCGUCAGGAGAGUGGCAGGUCUGGUGGGAGAUCGGGUGGCGGCGGCGGAGGCAAUUGCUAUAGUUGUGGGAAACCAGGGCAUAUUGCUAGGGAAUGCACUAACGUGGCUUAGAGAAACGUACAGUGUUAUCUCUUCUCUUGAUUUAGUCUCUAGUUUCGUAUAAAAAAAAAAAUACUUAUAUCUACUAUCAUAAUUUUUUUGUUUUGUUUUGGUAUGCUAGUAUUGUUUUCCCCCUGUUUUUCGGUUGGUUAUACAUAGGAUAACUUGAGUGGGAAAAUGUUGAUAUCCUAAUUACUGGAGUUUUCGAUGACAUUGAUGUUUUCCGGUUUGUUUGCGGAUGGUAUACAUGAUCUUUUGGUUACUUCAUUGUGUUGUUUUUAUGGUUGGUUUACAGUAUGUUUAAUCAUGAAUUCAUGAUUCAAAUUUUUCGAUGUGCUCUAUAA